GUCUGCCACUCGUGCAACCCCGUGCGCUCCCUCGUCCUCUGUGAUGCUGUACUGCCAUCAUGCAAUCCCCUGAAGUCUCAUCGUCUGCCGGAAAUCCCGCUGAGGCCGCCGUUGCGCCAACCCCUACCGACCUGGUAUUGAUUGUAUUUAUACAUGGAUUCAAGGGAACGGAUACCACCUUUGGCCAGUUCCCUGAGCGACUGCAACACAUCCUUGCUGAGAGCCUAGACAAUACCACCGUGGAGAGCAUCGUAUUUCCCGCCUACGAAACCAAGGGCGACCUCAAUGCAGCUGUCACCAGGUUCGCAGACUGGCUUACCGACCUCACCGUGCGGCGGGAGGUAGCGAACGGCAUAGGUGGAGGGGCAGGCAAAGCUAACAUUGUCCUAUGUGGACAUAGUAUGGGCGGUCUGCUCGCAGCGGACGCUCUUAUCGAGUUCGUCAACACUCGUCCCGACAAGCUCGCACCACUGUGGCCUAACAUCGUUGCCUGCAUCGCAUUCGACACACCAUAUCUCGGCCUCCACCCCUUCAUGUUCAAGAACAGCGCCACCCAAGCAGCAGACUAUGUCCGCUCAGCCACCAAUGUUCUGAGCGGUUUCAAGGGGUGGGGCGCGAAGACGACCACCACAACGACGGCGGCAUCUACGUCCGCCGCAACGGCCGCGGCGGCUGGGGCGCAGUCGACCACCGCAACGACCUCGGUAUGGUCCAAGUGGGCACCCGCAGCAUACGCCGUCGGCGGAGCGCUCAUCGCCGGAGCCGCUGCCGGAACUGCGUACUACAAGCGCGACGACAUCGGGACCAGCUACGCGUGGGUCUCCGACCACAUGAAGUACGUCGGGAACCUGUGGAGCCAGGCCGAGCUGGAGGAGCGACUGAGCAAGCUGCUCGAGAUCGAGUCGCGCAUGGGCGUCCUGUUCCACACGUUCUACUCGUAUCUCCCGGCAAACCCGCCUGCGAAUCCUUCUCCGCGGACCUUUGCUGUCCUCCCGAGGCCCAAGACCCCUCUCGGUGCCCAUUUCGUCGCGAAUCGCAAUACGCUGGCGUCGGACGAGAUCCAGGCACAUACCGGAAUGUUCGAUAGCAAGACGAACGACGGCUACUACGAACUGGGGCUGUCAACCGCGCAGCUAGUGCGGGUAGCUAUCCAACGCCACCGAGCCGCUUCAGCACCACCACAGCCGCCGCCCAAACCACCCACACAACAAGCAGAGCAUCAGCCGGAAAUUCCGUCGAAAGACCCCCAGGCACCUCAGACGGUUCCCGAAGCGUCAACCGAGCCGUCUAGUCCUGCGCUGGACGAAGCAUCGCACUCACCGGCCGCGGAAGAGUCGCCAAUAGAGGGCUAGGUGGGGCGAACCUUAUGAGUUUUCGCAGGAUAUGUAACAUUAUGUAGUAUAUGUCUAGCGCGACGCGCGCUGUAGGGAUACAUCACACAUCUAGCGUCUACCGCGCGAAGUGCUUGAGUGACAGGCGCAUCGCAUACGCGUCCUCCCCGUCCGCGUAGUAUCCUUUUUCGGUGUCCUUUUGGGUGAACCCGAGCGUGUCGCGGUACAACCCGAGGGCGGCGCGGUUAGACUUACGGACGUGUAGAGACACGUAAGACGCCUUAUACACGGUCGCCAUCGCCUCCUGAGACUGGAUCAUGAGCCGCUUCGCCAAGCCCAGUCGACGGUACGAUCGCAAGACCGAGAUGGAAGUAACAUGGCCAUGAGGCUCGUCGCCCUCAUUAACGUCCUCCUCCAUCUUCGCCAGGAUGUACCCCACGAUCUUCCCGUCCUCCUCCGCAACAUACGACAGCUGGGGCCACGUGAGCGCGUGGUACAGAUAGUAUUUCAGCGUGUAGUUUUCAGGGAGGUUUUGCAGGUUGCAUGCUUGCAUGCCCGUGAGGUCGUCUACCCGUACCAGCCUGAUAUUCAUGGUGGAAGAGAGACCCGUAGAACC